AUGUCUGACAAACCCCGUAUGGCUGAGACUGAGAAAUCCGAUAAGUCGAAAUUGAAGAAGACAGAAACGCAAGAGAAAAAUCCACUGCCUUCAAAAGAAACGAUUGAACAGGAGCAGCAAGCAGGCGAAUCGUAAUGAGGCACGCGCCGCCAAUAUGCACCGUACAUUCCACA